AUGCCGAAGCUGUUCGGAUUUGAUGUUGUAGCCAAGGAGGAAGAGGCCGGGCCGGGCUCCGACUCGUCGUCGUCGACGACGACGGAGGCCCGAGGCGGCGAGGGGAGGAAGUACGAGUGCCAGUACUGCUGCCGGGAGUUCGCCAACUCGCAGGCGCUGGGCGGCCACCAGAACGCGCACAAGAAGGAGCGACAGAAGAAGAAGCGGGCCGCCCAGAUGCAGCACUACCACCACCUCCACGGCGGCGGCACACUCUUCCCUAGAAGCCCCAUCGUGUCGGCCUUCGCGCCGCCGCCCCACCGCUUCCCGGAGUGCCCGCCAGCGGCUCCCGGCACUACAUCGGGUUGGGUCUACUUCUACCCCGACGCGUCAGCAACCGCGCCGGCGCCGGCGCCACCUUUCAACGGUUGCGUGUUUCCCUCGUCCACCGCCUCUGCCCGGUUCCCGGCGGCUACGCCCACAUACAACUGUCCCACCGGCGCCAGCUACGGCCACGGGGAGACCUCCUUCUCGAGGUUCACCAUUUCCAGCCAGAGCAAGACGGCGAGAGCGGAGGAGGCAUUAGAGUUGGAUCUCCAACUCAGCCUGGCUCCCGCCGGGUUCUGA